AUGGCAGUGAGGCUGCUGAAUGGCACAGGGAGAUGCUCAGGCCGCGUGGAAGUCCUUGUCCAGGGAACCUGGAGAACAGUGUGUGAUGACUUCUGGGACCUGGCUGAGGCCACUGUCGUGUGCCGCCAGCUGCAGUGUGGCCAGGCAGUGGCAGCACCCACAGGGGCCCACUUUGGAGCAGGCUCUGGGAAGAUCCUGCUGGAUGACAUGCAGUGUGAGGGCAGUGAGAGCCACCUGGGGCAGUGCGUGCAUGGGGGCCAGGCCAGGCACAACUGUGGGCACCUGGAGGAUGCCGGGGUAGUCUGCACAGCCACCCAAACAACAGCCACCCCAACAUCAACAACCACCCCAACAACAGCCAGCCCAACAACAGGCUGGCCAGAGCUGCGGCUGAUGGAUGGUUCCGGACGUUGCUCAGGACGUGUGGAAGUCCUCUACCAGGGAACCUGGGGCACCGUGUGUGACGAUCUGUGGGACCUGAAUGAAGCUGAGGUUGUGUGCAGACAACUGAGGUGUGGUCGAGCCAUCUCUGCCCUUGGGAAGGCCCACUUUGGCCCAGGGCCAGGGGAAAUCCUCCUGGAUAACCUCCAGUGUGCUGGAGUGGAACGCUUCCUGGGCCAGUGUGCCCACUCAGGCUGGUUGGAGCACAACUGUGGUCACCACGAGGAUGCAAGUGUCAUCUGUUCAGAUGCUGAAGAAUCUCUGUCUAACAGUUCAGGGAACUGGCCAGAGCUGCGGCUGGUGGGUGGCUCUGGUCGAUGCUCAGGUCGCGUGGAAGUCCUCCACCAGGGAGUCUGGGGCACUGUGUGUGAUGAUCUGUGGGAUCUCAAUGAAGCCAAAGUUGUGUGCCGGCAGCUGGGGUGUGGUCAAGCUGUUUCGAGCCCUGGUGAGGCCCACUUUGGUGCUGGCACAGGAAGCAUCUUCCUUGACAACCUCCAGUGCUCUGGGAUGGAGCGUUUCCUGGGCCAGUGUGCCCACUUGGGCUGGUCAGAGCACAACUGCGGCCACCAUGAGGAUGCCGGUGUCAUCUGCUCAGAUGCAGAAGACAUGUUUCUACCAACAAUUCCAGGAGGAAGUAAUUCUUGUGGAGGGGUCAUUUCUAGUCUCUCUGGCUCAUUUUCUAGCCCACAAUAUCCAGAAAACUACCCAACAGACAUCCAGUGUAUUUGGGAGAUUCAUGUGGAUAAAAAAUUCCGCAUAGAACUCACGAUUCCAAUUUUGAAAUUAGAAGAUGUCCUUGGAUGCCCCUAUGACUCCCUGGAGAUCUUUGAUGGCCCCAGAAUUGCUUCACUGUCCAUGGGGAAACUCUGUGCUCCAGUAGCUGUGAUGUUUUUCUCCUCCUCAGACAUCAUGACAGUGGUGUUCCGAAGUGAUUCCAUGAUAACCAACACUGGCUUUCAUGCUCUGUUCAAUGUGGUUCCACAGGGUGACAGCAAAUCAGAAGAUGCACCUGUGCUGCGGCUGGCGGGCAGCUCCAAUCGAUGCUCAGGUCGCGUGGAGGUCCUCCAUCAAGGGGCGUGGGGCACCGUGUGUGAUGACCUGUGGGACCUGAAUGAAGCUGAAGUCGUGUGCAGACAGCUGGAGUGUGGACAGGCAGUUGCUGCUCCUGGAAAUGCCUACUUUGGCAGAGGUUCUGGAGACAUUCUUCUGGACAACAUCCAGUGUUCGGGAAGUGAGAACCAUCUUGGCCAGUGUCCCAGCUCCGGCUGGUCAGACCACAACUGUGGCCACCACGAGGAUGCUGGUGUGGUCUGCUCAGAUGCUGGGAACUGGGCAGCAGAUGUGACACCUGCACCCUCAGGAGGAAGUAACUCCUGUGGAGGAUUAAUUUCAAGUCUCUCAGGCUCUUUCUCCAGUCCUUGGUAUCCUACAAACUACCCCACGGAUGUAGAGUGUGUGUGGGUGAUACACGUGGAUGAGAAGUUCCACAUAGAACUGAUGAUCCCAAGCCUGAAACUAGAGGACAUCUAUGGGUGCCCUUAUGACUUUGUGGAAGUGUUCGAUGGACAGCAAGCUGCCUCACUCUCCAUGGGCAGGUUUUGUACUGGGACAGAGCUCACAUUCCUCUCCUCUUCAAAUGUCAUGACUGCAGUAUUCAGAAGUGAUGCCAUGAUCACCAACACAGGGUUUUAUGCCCUGUACAACACUGUGCAGCAAGAUGAAAGCGAGAGUGGUAUGUUCCUGUGACUGGUGAAUGGCAGUCACAGGUGUGAGGGCCAGAUGGAGGUUUCCUAGGAUGGCACCUAGGACACAGUAUGCGAUGACAACUGGGUCCUGACAGACACCAGGGUGCCUGACAAGUGCAUAAUGCUAUUCGACUAUCUCACUGAUGACAGCUCACUCACAGGUACUUCAGCUUUAGGCGAAGAUUUACAUUGUGGUGGUUUGCUCACAAACAGUUCAGGCACUUUCAGCAGUCCUUGGUAUCCUAAAAAGUAUCCCAUAAAUAUCGAAUGUGUCUGGGACAUACAAGUGGACCUAGGGGCUCGUGUCAAACUUACAUUUGAAGUGAUCAAAUUGGAAAAUUUCUAUGGCUGUCCGUAUGACUUCAUUGAAAUCUUUGAUGGCCCACAAAGUGAGUCUUUUUCACUGGGGAGGUUCUGUUCCAGGACAACCCCAGUAUUUAUCUCCUCAUCAAACCGAAUGACCGUGGUGUUCCAUAGUGAUGCAAUUGUCACCAACGUUGGUUUCUAUGCAUCCUAUGAGUCCCUGGUGCAAGAUGAGAACGACACAGAUGUGGCCCUCAGGCUCACCAAAGGCAGCCACCACUGUGAGGGUCGGGUGGAACUGCACUAUAAUGGCACCUGGGGCACAGUGUGUGAUGAUAGCUGGGACCUCCAUGAUGCCCAGGUGGUGUGCAAGCAGCUGGGCUGUGGCAGGGCCAUUGCGGCCCUCCGCCAAGCACAUUUCGAGAGAGGAGAGGGCCCCAUUAUCCUGGAUGAUGUGAAGUGCUUGGGGACAGAAGCCAGGCUGUGGCAGUGCCUGCACAGUGGCUGGUUCAUCCACAAUUGUGGCCACCAUGAGGACGCCGGUGUCAUCUGCUCAGAUCUGCCGGUGGUGAGGCUGGCUGAAGGCAGGAACCGGUGUGAGGGCCGUGUGGAGCUCCACCACAAUGGCACCUGGGGGUCUGUGUGUGAUGACCUCUGGGACCUGCCUGCUGCCCAAGUUGUGUGCCAGCAGCUGGGCUGUGGGACGGCCCUGGCAGCCCCCAGGGGCAGCCCGUUUGGCGAUGGCUCCGGCCCUAUCUUCCUAGACGACGUGCAGUGUACAGGUGGAGAGAUCAACCUGGGAAAGUGCCUCCACCGCGGCCUGUCAGUGCACAACUGUGGGCACCACGAGGAUGCUGGAGCCAUCUGCUCAGCUGUAGAAGUUGAACCAGCUUUGGCAGAAACAGCUCCCACCGUUGAUCUUUCUGACAUCAGGCUGGUGGAUGGGAGAUGUGAAGGGCGAGUUGAAGUCUACCACAAUGGCACGUGGGGUACCAUGUGCGAUGAUCUCUGGGCCCUCAGAGCUGCCCACGUGGUGUGCCGGCAGCUGGGCUGUGGAGAAAGCAUCAGUGCCCCGGGGGGUGGCCACUUUGGGGAGGGGGCUGGACACAUCCUUCUGGAUGAUGUGCGGUACCAAGGCAAUGAGACGUCAUUAGGCCAGUGCUGCCCUCUGGGCUUGUCUGUACACAACUGUGGCCACCAUGAGGACGCCGGGGUCAUCUGCUCAGGAAAUUCCACACCCCCGGAAUUCAGUCAAAGACAUAGAGAUGGCCCCUACAACAGGGAUCACCUGCUGCCUCCUGCCUGGUCUCGACAGCAAAGCCAGAAAUGGAAUUCACCCAGCGCUAAUUCUUCCACCGACUUCUCCUGCCCUACAGAGAAGCCCCUGCGCCUGGCGGGCGGGAAGAACCGCUGUGAGGGCCGCCUGGAGGUGCGGUACCAGGGCGAGUGGGGCACCGUGUGCGACGACUUCUGGAGCAUGAAGAAUGCCCGCGUCGUGUGCCGCCUUCUGGGCUGCGGCCGCGCCCUGGGCUCCCCGGGUCGUGGUCGCUUCGGCCCGGGCUCGGGACCCAUUCUGCUGGACGACGUGCGCUGCACAGGCACCGAGGACGCGCUGGAGCGCUGCAGCCACGCGGGCUGGGCGCGCCACGACUGCCGGCACCAGGAGGAUGCGGGCGUGGUCUGCUCAGGUCCAGCUAACUCUGUUGUACCUAAGCACAAAGCUCAGCUCUCCUGCUUGCCCCAUCAAUUCCAAGCUGUCAUUGACCGAGGCUACCUCCGGAGACUGGGGUAUUCCUCCUGGGACAUCCACCUAAAUGAUAAGCUGUGUCGUCCCCAAGUCACUGGGAAUUACCUGAUCUUCAACAUUCCUUAUGGCCACUGUGGUACUGUCCAGCAGAAACAUCUGGGCUCUCUCAGCUACUCCAACUCCAUCAGAGGCCAUCUACGGGACCACCCUGGCCGAGUCAUUGUUCGGCACAAGGUGCCCCAGGUGAAGCUCACCUGCAGAGUGGACAGCCCAUCUGCUGUUGAAGUCAUUCAUGAGGCUGAUGACACCCAGACAGAAGGUGCCAGCUACGAUGUGUCCAUUAUAUUUCGUCAGUUACCUGCAUCCCAACAUGGUGGGCACAUGGCAUACUAUGACAACCAGAGGGAAGAGGUAUUCCUCCAGGUCACCCUCCAUAGCUCCAACCCUAAUGUGUGGCUCUUCGUGGAUACCUGUGUGACUUCUCCAGAUCCCAGUGAUUUUACCACCGUCACAUAUGAUUUGAUCCGGCAAGGGUGUAUCAAAGACAAUACCUAUGUCAACCUCCACUCUCCACAGAAGAAUGUGGCCCAGUUCAAGUUCAAUGCCUUCAGCGUGCUGGACAGCUAUGAUGUGGUCUACCUGCAAUGUAAGAUUGUCAUGUGCAGAGAAAGGGACUACUCUCACUGUGCCAAGGGCUGUGCAGAGCGAAAAAGGAGAGAUGCAGAUCCGUCGGAGCCCAAGGAAAAGCAGACCGAGCAUUUCCAGAUAGUGGGACCACUAGAGAUCCAUAAAACAGUCAGUCAGAGUAAGACACAAAUAUGAUUUCUUCAACUUGUAUGUGAAUAUAUUAGAAAUUAGGAGCGGUCUACUUCUUGCAGUGAAGCAUUGUUUAGUAAAUGAGAAAGAAUUGUUACACAGGCAGAAGAAACAAAAGUAUUGCUUCUCUGACGUUUGUGACUAAAUUAAAUCUCUAAUUACUGCACUUCUAAGGCAAUUACCUUUCUGGGCUACAAAUGCUGAUUUUCUAAUUCUUCCUUUUCAAGAAGUUGAUCAUCAUCUUUAAGUGUACGAAAUGUUAUUAAAAACAGGUUUGUCUUCCUUUACCU